CGCGUCAUUGAACAACAAGACUCGCUCGAUGGCAGCCGUAUUACUGCCAAUAUGAAAAAAAGAGUUCAUAGCAACUCUACAAAAUUCGCGAUAGUGGAAUUUAUAUGUUAUCUUUGUUUUAUAAAUUAUUUAUUUUUAUAGUGUUAAUACAUUAAAAACUAUAUUUUAUUUAUUAGUGAAUGAUAGUUAAUUAUAGUAAAAGCGCUUUACGGGUGUUGUAAUCUCCGUGUAUUGCCCUGUGAUUGUUUUGUUUAAAAUAUUCUAAGCUUUACCAAGCCAAGUUAUAAUGUGUGUGGCAGUGUUGUAACCAGCAAGCUCGUUUAACCAUGAUAGUGUAAUCGAUUCGUUUACAAGUGACUCUAUCUGCGUGUCAUCGAAGAGGAAAAAAGCACAACUCUGUCGUCUGUAAAAACCUACGUCAUUGUGGAAAACACUGACUCAAAUAUGUGUUGUGAUUUACAGAUGCUCUCGGUUCAAGUACCGGGGUGCGCGGGUAUGGAGCGGCUGGGCGCGCCGGGGGGACCGCGCCUACGUCACGAACACAGGCAUCAUCAUUCCUCAUUGGAAUGGGAGAAACAACAAAGGCUGCAGGCGAUGGUUGGACGUCUGCAAGAGAUGGUCGAGCAGGAGACGCGCGCGCGGUCGGCAGCAGCGGCGGAGAGGCUUGGUCUGCCACCCAGCAUACAGCUGCCAGACGGCGAGUACGGCCAGGACGCGCACCUGCAAUUACGAGUCCCUUAUCAGGUCACAAGCCGAGCUGACGAGAAGCAGCUUCCAACCUCCGCCGAACAAAUGCGUAAGCGACGUGCCCGAAUGGGCAGGCGCGGUGGACGCGCCGAGCGCGCGACGCGGCGGCGGCGCGGGCGGGGGCGCGGGUGCGGCGGGCGCGGGAGGUGCGGGUGCGGGCGGCAAGAAGGAUGGCCUGCUACAGAAGGCGACGCGGUGGUGGGUGCGCAUGGGCGCGCGGCCGCCACCCGCCUUUCUGCCGGCCGCCGCACCGCCGCCCUGCGUGAUGGUGCCGCGCCGCGCCGCGCCCUCGCCGCCGCCCGACGCGUGACGUCUCCGCGCCUCCGCAUCUCUCUACCAUAUCACGCUUACAUUCCAUUAUCGGGACGAUCAGACUCGCCGGUGUGCCCGCGCGUCCCGGAGUAUUAUAGACUUGAUAAUUUAUUUAUUUGGGACUCGAGCCCCGAGCGGGCCGCGGAGCGCGAACUCGAACGCGUACUUUGUGAUAUGUGCGACGGAGUCGUCUUGUGACAGUGAGCCGUUCGGUGAGUGAGAUACGGCGGCCCGGCGUGGCGGUCGAUCGCCGGAAGGAGAGUAACUAGUCUUGAUACUUUAAUCGGUUUAGAAAUAGGAAUAAUUGUUUCUAUUGAAAUUUUAUGAAACGAGACGAGGUUUCACUGCCCGCUAUUUGUGUUAUAGGUGUGUAUGGCAUUGCAUAGAGUGUGCGUCCGUGUUCCUCGCACUGUCUUUGAGUUUUGUAAAAACGAAGACUGAAAUAAAAUAAAAAAUAUAACACUUUAAAAUCUACAUUGAAAUAUGUUGUCUUAGCUAAAAUUAAUUCAAAUAGAAACAAUUAAAAUUAUAAUAUUUAAUGAAUCUUUCGAAUGUAACCUUUGAUGAUAUUGUAUAUUAUGCAAAAGGUCAGUCAACAGUAAGCUAAACGUGUCUUGCAGUGUACAGUUUCAUAUAUAGGUAACCUACUUUAAAGUUAAUUUCUAUCCAACAGCUACAAAUCUGUGUUUAAACAACUUUUAUAUUUAUUUAUAAUUUAUAAUGGUGUAUAAAAUUAAAAUGCAUAUCAGUACCGUAGCGGCAAGGAAUAUUAAUUUACAAAGCAUAGUGACUAUUUUAUUGUAAAUAUUGUGUCUAAUUUAAUACUAGAGUAAUGAUGACCAACCGCCAAAUUAUGACGGUCAUUUCAAUUGAGUGUUUGCUACAUUCCAUAUUUAUGUUGAAUUAUUUCGAUACGUACUGUAUUUGCUUUUGUUUAUCUGUCCUAACCAUGCUCACAUACUAUACUCAGACAUGCCACCCUUUGCCACCGAACAAUUACAACAUUAUUAUACUGACAAUAAUAACUGAUAGUGAGUAAUGUUAUCAAUGCAGAUAAAACGCAUUAGAGGAUAGUCAAAGUCAUUGUUUAAAUGAUAUUGGUUGAAUUAGUUUUAAAUUAAGAGUGUAUUUAUUAUGAGAUGUUUUAUUCUAAGACUGGUAUUUCUCACCCUGCUUGCUUGUUCGAAUGUGUUAAUAUUCUAUGUAUGAUAAAUGCAUAUUGGUGCUAAUGCUUUUCCAUAGCAAUAGUAAAAUGUAUAAACGUUAAGAACAAAAUGUAAGCACUAUACAAACUUGUAUGUAUCCUUUUUGUGCUUUGUCCCAAUCUUAACUAAUGGAAAAACUUUAUAAUAAUGUACAACUCAAAUUAUUAUUUUUUUUUUUGCAAUUUCACUGUAAUAUAAAAUUACAUUACUUAAAUUAUUAAUACCUUUUUUUUUAUACCUCUUCAUUUGUAAUGUGUGAUUUGUGAAUAAACUUAGAGAACGAAACAAUUGUAUCCCAUUCUGAAAAAUAUUUAAAUUGCAGCAAAUGAAUGAUCCCAUUAAAUCUAUGUUAUUCACAAAAUUUGUGCACUUACUCUUAAAAGGCAGAGCCAUAAGGUAGUACGAAACUGAAAAGCAUAAAUUGUAUCAUCUAAAUUUUUAUUUAGCUAAAUAAAAUUUCAUUAAUAUAUGUAACUUAUUUAAAAUCGGUCAAUAAUUAUUGAUAAAGCUUAUUUAUUAUUGCAAUCUUUUAGUUUUACUGUGUACUCUAAAGACAUACAUUUACCCCGUCAAUGAUCGAAACUAAUAUUAUGUACUAUUGUCCGAAUAUCUAUGGAAUGAAUGAUUUACAUUUUACAAUAGAGCUCACGUUGGAACUCACGUUGAUGACGGUUACAAUUUGUGAAUUUGCUAUUUGUUAUAUAAAUUAUACAUAUAAAUGUCAAUUUAGAAUAAUUAUACAAAUAUGAAUUGUGUUCCGAUAAUUAUAAGUAAAGGAUAACUAUUUUAACUUUGGGUCUUAAGAAUUUAUGCUUUCUAGAGCCUUUAUGCCUAACAUUUACAUGUUGCAAUUUUCGCGUAUAAUAACAUUUUUUUAUUAUGAGCUGCGAAGAAAGCCUAACUUAUUCAUGCAACAAGUUCUUAUGACCCAAAAAAGUCCAAAUUAUUCGUUUUAAAGCUUAUUGUAACUGACAUUAAUGAAUCUUUGUGCGUGUCUUCAUAAUAUUGUAGAUACCUAUUUUUUUUCAUAGUCAUAAUUUUUAAGACGUGGUAGAAAAGCAAUCCUUGUACAAAUGCUAUGAUAAAAUAUAAAAGUUGUUUAAAAUAGUUUCACAGAAUAGUUAUUUAAUCUAGAUAACGAACAAUAUUCCAUUUGUCAUAUAAAUAAGUGAAAGCAGAAGCAAAUUAUUAAUAAUAAAAAAUGCAUUAAAUUAUGACCUACCAGUAA